GAGUCCGCGACCCGGGUAGUGCUCUUGGGCGCUCCGGGCGCGGUGCCUGGGGCAUUCGGGGUCCCGCGUGCUUGUUCCUUGCACCCCUCAGCCGCUGCCAGGCGACCGACCGGUCUGCUAGGCUGUCUGCAUUGCGCCUGCGUCGGGCGUCAGUCACCGCCAUCAUGCUGCUGCCCGUGUUCACCCUGAAACUGCGCCACAAAAUCAGCCCCCGCAUGGUGGCCAUAGGGCGAUACGACGGGACUCACCCGUGCUUGGCGGCUGCCACCCAAGCGGGCAAGGUUUUUAUUCAUAACCCUCACACACGGAGCCAGCAUUUCAGUGCAUCUAGAGUCUUCCAGAGCCCCCUGGAGUCUGAUGUUUCUCUCCUCAACAUUAACCAGACAGUCAGCUGCCUGACUGCAGGAAUCUUGAACCCUGAGCUUGGCUAUGAUGCGCUUUUAGUGGGAACACAGACCAGUCUUUUGGCUUAUGAUAUCUACAAUAAUUCAGAUUUGUUCUACAGAGAGGUAGCAGAUGGAGCAAAUGCCAUUGUGCUGGGGACACUGGGAGACAUUGCCCCCCCUCUUGCAAUCAUCGGUGGCAAUUGUGCUCUUCAGGGUUUUGAUCAUGAAGGAAAUGAUCUCUUUUGGACGGUUACUGGAGACAAUGUUCACUCCCUGGCAUUGUGUGACUUUGAUGGUGAUGGGAAGACAGAGCUUCUUGUUGGAUCUGAAGAUUUUGACAUCCGAGUUUUUAAAGAAGAUGAGAUUGUGGCAGAAAUGACAGAAACAGAGAUAGUCACCUCUCUGUGUCCCAUGUAUGGCAGUCGGUUUGGUUAUGCCCUUUCCAAUGGCACAGUUGGAGUUUAUGACAAAAUAGCCCGAUACUGGAGAAUUAAAUCCAAAAACCAUGCCAUGAGCAUUCAUGCGUUUGACAUUAAUUCUGAUGGUGUGUGUGAGCUGAUAACUGGAUGGUCUAAUGGAAAGGUUGAUGCUCGAAGUGACCGGACUGGGGAGGUCAUAUUUAAAGACAACUUUUCUUCUUCGAUUGCUGGUGUGGUAGAGGGAGAUUACCGGAUGGAUGGCCAUGUACAAUUAAUCUGCUGCUCAGUGGAUGGGGAAAUCCGAGGCUACCUGCCAGGCACAGCUGAGAUGAAGGGGCACCUCCUGGACACAAGUGUGGAGCAGGACCUGAUCCGAGAGCUGAGUCAGAAGAAGCAGAAUCUCUUGCUGGAACUCCGAAACUAUGAGGAGAACACCAAGGCAGAACUGAGCAGUCCCCCGAAUGAGGCUGACGGACAGAAAGGCAUAAUCCUAGCCAAUACCAAGCUCCACACUGCCCUCUCAGUCAAUCUGGGGAAUGAUACACAAGAAGCCCAUGCAGAAUUACGCAUUUCCACUUCCAAUGAUACCAUCAUCCGAGCAGUAUUAAUUUUUGCAGAGGGAAUUUUUGUGGGUGAAAGCCAUGUGGUUCACCCUAGCACUCACAACCUUUCUAGCUCCAUCCGUGUCCCAAUUACACCUCCCAAAGAUGUCCCUGUGGAUCUGCACUUGAAAAUCUUCGUGGGUUACAGAAGCAGCACCCAGUUCCAUGUAUUUGAAUUGACAAGACAGAUCCCCCGAUUCACCAUGUAUGCGAUGACCAGCCCAGAUUCGGCUAGUGAGCCCGCCAGUUACGUGAACUUUAUCAUUGCAGAGAGGUCACAGAGGAUGGUCACUUGGCUCAACCAGAACUUUCUGUUGCCAGAAGACAAUAACAUUCAGAAUGUCCCAUUUCAUGCCUGUUUCACAUCUUUACGAAACGGUGGCCAGCUCUACAUAAAAAUAAAAUCAAGUGGUGAGGUCACUGUCAAUACUGAUGAUAUUGAUCUGGCUGGUGAUAUCAUCCAGUCGAUGGCAUCCUUUUUUGCUAUUGAAGACCUUCAAGUAGAAGCAGAUUUCCCUGUCUACUUUGAGGAAUUACGAAAAAUACUGGUGAAGGUGGAUGAGUACCAUUCAGUGCAUCAAAAGCUCAGUGCCGACAUGGCUGAUAAUUCUAAUCUCAUCAGGAGUUUGCUUGUCAGAGCUGAGGAUGCGCGUCUGAUGAGGGACAUGAAAACAAUGAAGAAUCGUUAUAUGGAACUCUAUGACCUUAAUAAAGAUUUGCUAAGUGGAUAUAAGAUUCGAUGUAAUAACCACACAGAACUGCUAGGAAACCUGAAGGCAGUGAACCAAGCCAUCCAAAGAGCAGGCCGUCUACGUGUUGGAAAACCGAAGAACCAGGUAAUCAGUGCUUGUCGGGAUGCGAUUCGAAGCAACAAUAUCAACACACUCUUCAGAAUCAUGAGGGUGGGGACUGCUUCUUCAUAGGAGAGCAAAGCCAAGGAAGGAAGCUCCUGGAAAAGGUUAUGUCUAGAAAUCCAGGCUGAUUUGCUCACAGUCACAACCUGGUGAAUCCAGGCUGCUAAGAAUGAAAACUAUGGUAACCUAUGACUAAGGACAGGUGUUCCAUCUGACAGUCAAAGUCUCCUUUUAUUUGACAUCCAUAGUACCACUGCUGAUUUGUAUGAAAUGGUAUGACUACCUUAAAAUAUCAGGGUAUCAGAGUGUAGCUUGGUUUUUUAUAUGAAGUUAGUAUAUGAAUUUAUCUCCUUCCCCCUUGAAAUUGUAAUUGAAAUUUAAAAUUUGAAAUGGAGUAUUUACUUUUUCAUUAAAAAUAAAAGAUACUGGUCCUUGUUGUUGAUUAUAAAUUACCAUAAAGAAAUGCACAAAACAUCUUUAUUUUGUGAAAUUUAAAAUUUCAAGGGUGUGUGUAAACAAGUUUAUGUUAAGGAAAAACACAUUUCAAGGUGGUCUAACAGGGUGGCAUUAGCUGCAAUACAGAUCUCCAAAUGCACCAUUGGCUGCUUGUUUUCAUUCAUAAGGUCCCUGAAAGAGACUUGCUUAAGGAACCAUCUCAUUCUUGUAUGUAGUGGUGGCUUUAGGGCCCUGCCUGCAAGGCUGCCCUAGGACCUUGUAUCUACCCAACAAGAGAAAGGGAAGAGAGAACAAAGAGGAAUCAUACUUCCUGACACAGUGCAGGGUAGCCACGUUGAUAUACUCAAGCAACAAGUGGUUGUCACAGGAUGAGAUUUCAACUGAUUUUUGUACUUUUCAACAUUGUUUUAAUUUCUCAAUAAUGACCGUGCAUAUUUAUAUAGUCUGAAAAGACAGAAAGCUGUUAUCUUUGGAGGGAAAUCCACCUUGAGGUAAAGGAAUUACAGGAAACUGGAAGUUCACAGCUGGACACCGUGGUGUACUUCUGUAAUCUUAGCAGUUGGGGAGCUGGGGUAUACACCAAUAAAUAAAAUAAAGAGUUAGAGGCUCACUGUUAAGAACUAAAAGAAACAUGUCAUUGGUUACACAGAAAGUAGCAGAGCUUUUAUCAGGAUGAGGUAUUAAGAGUCCACAUUUGAUGCUUGCCCUAUGCCCAAAGCAUCAAUCAGUUAGGAUCAAGAAUGAAGCAGAGUAAUGAGCUGAGGCAAACUCAUUGUACAUAUCUGACAGUGUACUUGGACAAACAAGGCGGAAGCUUUCAGGCUUCCAACCUGUACAGCAUGUUAAAAAUACUCUAUAUUCAAUAGCCUU